CGCCCGCUGAUGCGCGACGGGGAGAGGCGAGAAGGGGAAAGAAGCAGACGGCCUCCAGAUGACAGACGGGGUCCGGACGACAGACCACGCCGCCCUAGACCACCCCCAGGCGAGGGUGGGGACAGACCCCCGAGGGGAGAGGGAGGAGACAGACCAAGGCGACCACCUGAUGACCCAAAUCGCCCGAGGCGACCCCCUGGUGACCGUGACCCGAACAGGCCAAGAGGACCACCACGUGACCGUGACCCCAACAAGCCCAGGCGACCCAUGACCCCUGAGGAGGAGGAGCGUAGGGCGGAGGCCAGGCUGAGGUAUGAGGAGGACAAGAGGAGACGACUGGAGGAGGACCGACGGAGGGGCGAGCUGAGGAAGCAGGCUGAGGCCAGCCAGCAGGGUGGUGAGGAGCGAGGCGUGGACGUGGAGGGAGGCAGGAGGAGCUACCAGAUCCAGACCACUGUGAAACUCUCCCACCAGCCCACUGACGAGUCCGACCUCUAGAUCUGCAACUGUCUAUCAGGGCUUAUGUUCACAAAGCUCUAUAGGGGAAUCUAAACUCAUGUUGUACUAAAGUUUAAAUUUUAGAUCAACUUUUCUGCAAGAAAUCUGAUUUUUUUUUCUAUGGAAAGUUUAAGAUAUUAUUCACCAUAGUAUUAUUUACAUGUUUAAAACAUGGAAAUAUUAAAAUAUCUUAAAAUAUCAAAGCCAGAGACCUGAAAAACUUUAUUAGUUUAAUCAAUUUCCUUGGGUUUUCCCUAAGGAUCUUCGUGAAUAUAGGCCCAGCCCUUGACAGAGCUCUGGAUCUGAGAGCAUAUCUUCCUUGCAAUAGCAUUUUAGAGGAGACUGGCUACAUAUCACUUUGAGGUGGGCCAAACAUCACUUUGAGACGGGCCACACAUCACUUUGGUUCCUUUUUUUCCACAUAUGUCUUCAUUUCAAAGAUUGUGUACGCUCAUUCAUCAUUUUUGUUUAAUGUUUUAUGAAAAAUAUUUUUGUUUUAAGAUUGGACGCUUAUAGAGAAAUGCACAGAAUACAUUCCCAACUAUUUACUGGUAAUAAUUUGUUGGAACAUUCCAAAUACUUGCAGAAUUUAGUAUAUCACUUCAUUUAUUUCCAUGUAUGGAUUUAUUUGUAAAAAGACUAUGCAUCUAUGCAUGUUGUUUGGAAAGUUAAAGAUGUUCUUUCAUAAAUCUUGCCCUUGAUGCUCUUGAAAAAGUUUGGCAAGGCAUUUCUGGUGUUGGAUUUAACAAUUUUCUGGGACCAAUAUUUUAUUCUUCCUUUGUUAAGCAAAUUAACAGACUGCAUAAUGAGUGACUCAUAUUAUAUCAAUGUUUUAACAUAUCCAUAGUGCUUUAAAUCAAUGAAACAAUUAGUGUAUGUAUUAUGUAUAAGUGUAUCGACUCACAAACAAUUGUUUUUUUUUCUUUCUUUGAUGACAGAAAUAGAAAAAAUAUAUAUUCAUCUCAAUAUAUUCUUAUUAAUAGCAAUUUGUGUGAUUAUGCCUUCUCAACAUGGAUUAUUCAUUAAUCAGUGAAAAUGAUCAUGCAAAUGUACAUACAUGUUUAAUGAUGUUUUGGUAUAUUAUAAUCAUUUACCCUGUAAAUAUAUUCACAUAUUUUUUAUACUUUCAUAACCUACAUUUAUGUAUAUUGCCAUCUUUUGUAUAUAUAUAUUUUUCAUUUUUCAAACAAUUUAAGAUUCAGCAUUUUAUAGAUAGUUGUAAAAUCUACACAAAUUUUAUUUUUCGAUGUGUUUCAUGAGGCAUUUGUCCCUUAUGAAAAGAGGAUACAAAUUUUUAAAAAUGUUCAGCUUUAUCAUGUAUUUAAUAUUUAAAUGCUUUGAACAGCUAGUUUAUUUUCCAACAAGAUUGGAGAGCAUCUUUUAUGAAUGAAUAGUUAUAAUGAAUUUAAAUAAUUUGUAUCCGAUCAAAAUCAAUUGUCUUGUACAAUUAAAAUCAUUUGUAUCCCGAAUCUGUACAUUCCGGUUUAUACAAAGAGAAUUUAUACUCAAUAAAAUAGUGUAUAAA